AUGAAAGACAAAUCUAGUAACUCAGUGUUACAUGACGCAGCCUGGGGAGGCAAUGUUCAAAUAGUAAAACUACUGAUUGAGAAAAAGAUGGACGUCAAUGCUCUACAUGGAGAUGGUGAAACAAUUUUACAUCAGUGCUGUCGUUCUGGUAAAAUGGAGAUGUGUGAACAUUUGGUCAAUCAUUUUCCAGAUUUAUUGGAAAUAAAAGACAAUAGAGGACAAACAGUGUUACAUUCAGCUUGCUGGGGAGGAAGUGUUGAAAUUGUUUCCUUUCUUAUAGAAAAAGGAAUGAGCAAUAAUACCUUGUCAGAUGAUGGUAAAAGUAUCCUGCAUAUAACCUGUCUCAAUGGGAAGUUUGAAGUUUGUGAGUACUUAGUUGAGAAUUGUCCCCAUCUAUUAGACGUCAAAGACAAAUCUAGUAACACAGUGUUACAUGAUGUCGCCUGGGGAGGCAAUGUUCAAAUAGUAAAACUAUUGAUUGAGAAAAAGAUUGACAUCAAUGCCCUACAGGAAAAAGGUGAAUCAAUUUUACAUCACUGUUGUUGUUCUGGUAAAAUGGAGAUGUGUGAGUAUUUGUUCAAUCAGUUUCCAGAUUUAUUGGAGAUAAGGGACAAUAGAGGAUGGACAGUGUUACAUUCAGCUUGCUUGGGUGGAAAUGUAGACAUAGUUUCUUUUCUAUUAAACAAAGGAUUAGACAUCAAUGCGUUGUCAAAUGUUGGUGAAAGUGUACUACAUGUUGCUUGUCUGAAUAGUAAACAUGAUGUUUGUAGGUAUUUAUUAACGAAUUAUCCAGACUUGUUAGCAGUAAAAGAUAAACAAGGUAAAUCAGUGAUAGUCAUUGCCGCUGAACAAGGUGACAUAGACCUGAUUCAUAUUUUGAGAGAAAGUCGCCAUUAG